AUGUCUGGCAAUCUACUUGAUCCAAAGGCGUUGAUAGACCCCCGCCAGCGGUCCAUCAGCGAUGCAGGCACCAUCUCUACCGUAGGCCACUCAAUGCAAACGGGCGAGACAACAGCUGUGCCUAGCAUCAACCAACAACAAUCUCUCGAGGCGGGCCGCGAGAAAGAACUCGAUCUUCAUGAUCCCAACAGUCCCUUCGGUCACAACCCCGAUCAACUCAACAAGCUCCUCGAUCCCAAAUCAUUACCCGUUCUCAAUGCUCUCGGUGGUCUGGAGGGCCUUGCCCGCAGUCUGCGCGUAGAUCUCAAAGCAGGUCUCAGUGUCGAUGAACUCCACCCACACGGCGAUGCCCACAAAUCCAGCGAAAGAGUCCGCGUCUUUGGACGCAACCAACUCCCUGCAAAAAAGCCAAAGUCCAUCUGGAGACUAGCUUGGAUCACCUUCCAGGAAGCCGUACUCAUCAUGUUGACGGUAGCGGGAGUCAUUUCCCUUGCCCUCGGCCUCUAUGAAACCUUUGGCGUCACCCACCAGCCUGGUGAUCCCACUCCCGUGGACUGGGUUGAAGGUGUCGCUAUUCUCGCUGCCGUUGCAAUUGUGGUGGUUGUCGCGUCUCACAACGAUUGGCAGAAAGAAAAGGCUUUUGUGAAGCUCAACACCAAGAAGGACGACAGAGAAGUCAAGGUGCUCCGGUCUGGCAAGUCUAUGCUCGUCAACGUUGCCGACCUGGUUGUCGGAGAUGUUCUGUACCUUGAGCCAGGUGACUUGAUUCCUGUGGAUGGUAUCUUCAUUGAUGGACACAAUGUGAAGUGUGACGAAUCAACAGUGACUGGCGAGUCUGAUGCGCUGAGGAAGACACCGGGCGGAAAGGCCUUUACACCAGACCCCCACAGCACCAAGGAGGCUGAUCCGUUCAUCAUUUCGGGCUCGCGUGUUCUUGAAGGCAUGGGAACAUUCCUCUGUACCUCGGUCGGCGUCAACAGCAGCUUCGGCAAGAUCAUGAUGUCAGUCCGAACCGACAUCGAAUCAACACCUCUCCAGAAGAAACUCGAAGGCUUAGCAGUAGCCAUCGCCAAGCUCGGUGGUGGCGCUUCCAUCCUCAUGUUCUUCAUCCUCCUCUUCCGCUUCUGCGCCAACCUCCCAGGCGAUGCGAGACCAGCGGAGGAGAAGGCCUCGACAUUUGUUGACCUUCUGGUCGUAGCCAUUGCCAUCAUCGCUGUGGCUGUGCCGGAGGGUCUGCCUCUUGCUGUUACCCUUGCGCUGGCGUUCGCUACGACAAGGCUACUGAAGGAGAAUAACCUCGUUAGAGUGCUUAGGGCUUGCGAGACUAUGGGCAAUGCGACCUGUAUCUGUUCGGACAAGACAGGAACUUUGACUACGAAUAAAAUGACCGUUACCGCCGGCCGCUUCGGUUCCUCGACAUUCACCUCCGACAUCCCCGCCUGGGCAACAAGCCUAUCUCAAGACGGCAAAAAGCUCAUCACCCAGUCGGUCGCGAUCAACUCAACGGCCUUCGAAGGAACACAAGAGGGAGAAGCAACAUUUAUCGGCUCCAAGACAGAGACCGCGCUGCUGCAGCUGGCCAAAGAUCACCUCGGCAUGCAAUCCCUCUCCGAGACCAGAGCCAACGAGCAGAUCGCCCUCAUCGAGCCUUUCAACUCGGUCAAGAAGUACAUGCUGGCUGUGAUCAAGGUUCCAACCGGCUAUAGGCUGCUCAUCAAGGGCGCUUCUGAGAUUGUGCUUGGGUAUUGCUCUGCGCAGGUCAACCCCUCUACUGGCGAGGUUGAUAUCGUGGACCGCAGCGCCGCGGAGGAAGCCAUCACUGCAUUUGCGCGCAAGUCCCUGCGUACAAUUGGCAUGGCCUACAAGGACUUUGAUGAGAUUCCAGAUCUUGAGAACCUCAGCGACCUGACCCUCCUCGGCAUCGUCGGUAUCCAAGACCCCGUCCGCCCCGGUGUUCCCCUCGCCGUUCAGAACGCCCGACGUGCUGGAGUCGUCACUCGCAUGGUCACAGGAGACAACCUCAUUACCGCCCGCGCCAUCGCCACCGAGUGCGGCAUCUACACCGAUGGCAUCGUCAUGGAAGGUCCCGAGUUCCGACUACUCUCCGAGGAGGAACUCGACAGAAUCAUUCCUCGGCUGCAAGUUCUCGCGCGUUCUUCACCCGAUGACAAGCGCAUCUUGGUCACACGUCUCAAGGCCCUGGGCGAAACAGUCGCUGUGACAGGCGAUGGCACUAACGAUGCUCCUGCGCUCAAGGCUGCUGAUAUUGGCUUCUCCAUGGGUAUUUCGGGCACUGAGGUGGCUAAGGAGGCUUCUGAGAUUAUCCUCAUGGAUGACAACUUUGCUUCCAUCAUUACUGCGUUGAAGUGGGGACGGGCUGUUAACGAUGCUGUGCAAAAGUUCUUACAGUUCCAAAUCACCGUCAACAUCACCGCUGUCAUCCUCUCUUUCGUCACGUCCAUGUACAACGAUGACAUGGAGCCUGUUCUCAAGGCUGUGCAGCUGCUAUGGAUCAACCUGAUUAUGGACACUAUGGCUGCCCUUGCUCUGGCUACAGAUCCUCCCACCGAUGCUAUCCUCGACAGACCUCCCCAGCCUAAAUCAGCGCCACUCAUCACCAUGAACAUGUGGAAGAUGAUCAUCGGUCAAUCUAUUUUCCAGCUCGUCGUCAUCCUCGUCCUCUACUUCGCCGGCGGCUCCAUCCUCAACUACGACCUCAGCAUCGAGAGCGAAGAGCUGCAACUCGACACCAUCAUCUUCAACGUCUUCGUGUGGAUGCAGAUCUUCAACGAGCUCAACUGUCGUCGCCUCGACAACAAGUUCAACGUCUUUGUCGGAAUCCACCGAAACUGGUUCUUCAUCUUCAUCAACAUGAUCAUGAUCGGCCUGCAGAUCGCUAUCAUCUUCGUCGGCAACCGCGUCUUCGACAUUGACCCCAACGGCCUCAAUGGUGUACAGUGGGCUAUCUCUAUCGUCAUUGCAGCUUUCAGUCUGCCGUGGGGUGUGCUUGUGCGCAUCUUCCCGGAUGAGUGGUUUGCCAAGGCUGUUUACUUUGUGGCACCGCCCUUCGUGGCUGCAUAUAACUUCAUGGGUAAGGGAUGGGGUAAGUUCAUCAGGCUUUUCAAGAAGUCCAAGAAGACAGAUGACGGGGCCUCUGAUUCCACGGGGGAUACAGUGGAGGGUAAAGAGAAGUCAUCUCCAAGUGGUCCGAUGAUCGUUGAGCCAUGA